GUGACCGGAUAUGUGAUGUGUUGCCGCAGCGAGCUUGACAGCCUGAAGAGAGGCGGGGGAUUGCGAACAGACCGACUUGACUGGAGGUCUGCUGCGGACUAAGUCGGAGCAGCAGACACUAAAAUAGCUGGGAAAAGUUGCUUCUCACCACCCCUACGGUCGACGCAGAACACAGAGAGACACCACUGGAGUUUUUAAAGCCCAGCAGUUCCCUGCAAGUCAGACAUGAGGAGCCCCCCAGGCCUGGGUCGCUGAGGUCAGAGUUCAAGUGCUUGUUCCGGCAGUCAUGGCUGACAGGGAGGGGCCACCCAUCGCCCCGGGCCAGAUCUACAUCGAGGUGGAGUACGACUACGAGUACAAGGCCAAAGACAAGAUGGUGGCCAUCCGCCAGGGAGAGUGCUACAUGCUGGUGAAGAAGACCAAUGAGGACUGGUGGCAGGUGAGGAAGGAGGAGGGCACAAAGGCCUUUUACGUGCCGGCGCAGUACGUCAGGGAGGUGCGCAGGGCCCUCAUGCCCCCCCAGAAGCCCACAUUGAGGGCCAAGCCCACCGUUUUGGAUAUCUGUCGGGCAUCCAAUGAAAACCUCAACAGACCCCAGCCGGAAAUGUCCAGUUUUGGGCGUCCGUCGCCUUCCUCCACCCCGUCGCCAUCUUCUGAUCGUGUCACACCGCCGGUUCUGUCUAAGGAUGCUAACCAGAACGUGGGGAGUCCCCAUCACUGCAAGAUGGUGGCUGAGCUGGUACUUCUUCACAACAACAACAACCAUCACCACGCCAACAAUUCCACAUUGCCAAGGACUCGGGCAGACUCGCCUCCGCUUAAAUUGGGGAACAACCACAACAAAAGUCCAGACAGUGACAAGACCUCCCCACUAAGCAACCCGCCAGGAGAUCGGCUGAACAAACUCCACAACGACUCAGAGUCUGGCGACGAACUCAGUAGCAGCUCAACAGAACACAUGCAGACAACGUCACCUACAGGUCAGGGCCGGUCCGACUCGCCGGUCUACACCAACCUCCAGGAGCUGAAGAUCUCUCAGUCCAGCCUGCCGCCUGUCCCCUCCAGCUCCCCCCUCCACAUCCUGGGUGACUGGGAAACCCACAAAGACCUGAGCGGCAGGCAUUUCUACUACAACCGCGCCACGGGAGAGCGGACCUGGAAGCCACCGCGCACCAGGGACACCAGCGGCAGCUCCAGCAGUAUCCGAGGAGAUAGCCAGGGCACAGCGGAGAGCGAGCCGCUGUCCUCAGAGGAAAACUGUCACAGCACCCACUCAAGUCAGUCUGACAGCCAGUACGGGUCGCCCCCUAGAGGCUGGUCUGAGGAGCUGGACGAACAUGGACACACUCUCUACGUCUCUGAAUACACACAGGAGAAGUGGAUAAAACAUGUGGAUGAACAAGGCCGGCCCUACUACUACAGCGCUGAUGGAUCCAGGUCAGAAUGGGAACUGCCCAAGUACAGUAUCUCCCCUCAGUCCGGUGAGGUUCCCAAGAGUCGCAGUCUGGAGAGGAAGCAGCAGGAUCCCAUCGUCCUCACCAAGUGGAGACACAGCACCUACGUCUUAGACCUCAACGACAAGGAGAGUGCUCCAGCGCCCAAGCAGAGCUCUCCAGACUCUGACUCGUGCCCCUCAUCUCCUAAGCAUCCCUCGACCCCCUCGGAGAAGUGUGGAGUCCUCAAUGUCACCAAAAUCACAGAGAAUGGAAAGAAAGUCAGGAAGAACUGGACCUCGUCGUGGACAGUGCUGCAGGGUUAUUCCCUACUCUUUGCAAAGGGUCAGGGGGGCAGCACCAGCUGGUCUUACUACCGCAGUGGCUCCAUCCCUGAGCUGCUCCUCACUCUCCUUAGCAACUGGAAGCGCUCAGUCAAGCCCCGUCCUGCUGUCUCCUAUGUGAACUGUAGGCCUGUGCAGGCUGCCGCUAAGUUUGGGAGCAACCAGUCAAAGCCUGAGUUCACUGUCGAUCUGCGAGGGGGCUCGGUGGAUUGGGCCUCCAAGGACAAGUCGAGCAAGAAACACGUCAUUGAGCUGAAGACUCGUCAAGGCACAGAGCUGCUAAUCCAGUCAGAGAUCGACAGCGUCAUCAACGACUGGUACCGGGCCCUCACAGAGACCAUCAACACACAUGCCUGGGAGUCGGAUGAGGCCAUUGAGGAGGACAUGCCUGAAUCUCCAGGAGCCGAGAAACAGGACAAGGAGAAAGACCACCGGGACUCCAAGAAGAACAGAGUGAUGAAGACGUCUGUGAGUAUGGACUCAUCAGACCAGAAGAAAACCAGGUUGAAGCUCAAGAAGUUCCUGACACGUCGACCCACCUACCAGGCUGUACGAGACAAGGGAUACAUCAAAGAUCAGGUGUUUGGCUGCAGUCUGACCAGUCUGUGCCAGCGGGAGAACACAUCAGUACCCAACUUUGUCACAACGUGUAUCGACCAUGUGGAGAACACAGGUCUCAGUAUUGACGGCUUGUACAGAGUGAGUGGGAACCUGGCGGUGAUCCAGAAGCUCCGCUUUGCUGUAAAUCAUGAUGAGAAGGUGGAUCUGAAUGACAGUAAGUGGGAGGACAUCCACGUCACCACCGGAGCUCUCAAGAUGUUCUUCAGGGAGCUUCCCGAGCCGCUCUUCACGUACGGGUCCUUCGAAGACUUUGUCGAGGCCAUCAAAUGCUCCGACUACAAGCAGCGAGUGAAUUCAAUCGAAGACUUAAUAAAGAAGUUGCCAAAACCCAACCACGACACAAUGCAAGCCCUCUUCGAACACCUGCGGAGGGUGAUUGACCACGGGGAGGCCAACCGAAUGACCACCCAGAGCGUGGCCAUCGUGUUCGGACCCACGCUGCUUAGGCCCGAGACAGAGACGGGCAACAUCGCGGUCCACAUGGUCUACCAGAACCAGAUAGUGGAGCUCAUACUGCUCGAGUACGAAAGCAUCUUCGGCAGGUAGAGGCCCCCGCUCAGAGUAGGAUGCCGGGCUGUUCAAACAUGGACUUCUUUUCCUCCCCCCCCCGACCACACACGUUUCUUUGACUGAACUGAACAUUGCUGUGGACCAAGCAGUUGGGAGAGGAAGAAAACAAAUCUAAUUGACCUCCAUUGACAGGACAGUUUACAAACAUGUUGCACUUACAGAAGUUUCGGAGAUGAGAAAAAAAAAAGGUGUACAGAUUUUCACCCGCUUCUACAGUUGCCAUUCCUGUUGCCAGUAGCAGGCCGCACAAUGGACAGUGUUUCAGAGUGAUGCCGUGUGGACGUCCAUGUGAUUUGGUGGAUUUGAGUAUUCAGGUGUUUUCACAUACACUGGAUCCCCGUGGCCAGUAAUUCCAUUGGGGGGGGGGGGGGGCACCUUUCGCCUUCCUGGUGGAAGCCGACCAGACUUUGGCAGAUCGCGGCGGCGAGUGGCAUUAAUAGCCAAACCGGCAACCUCAUCACCUCGCUGAAGGAUUGAAUCUGAACUGGAUAGGUUUUCUGUGUCGUGGAGCUCUGUCUGUGAUGUUUAAGCCCCGUGUGGUUUUGGAUCAUGUGGGGAAAAAAAAAAAUCUGUGUUAUGUUAACAGACUGUCUUUUGGCACUUGGAUGAACUGGAGUUACAGAGUGUCCCCAACUUACCUUAGUGACACCAUCACCCUCCCCCUCCCUCACCCCCACUUCCCCCUUUCAACCAGUGUUAACCAUUAACCCUGUGACAUAAGUGUCCUGUGACUUGAACGAUUGAGGACAAACUCCUCUGUUUGUGUGUGCGAGUGAAUUAACCUAAAUGGAAUAAAACCUAAACGGAAGCAUCCUCAUCUUGCCACUUUGUACAAACUGUGUGUCGUGUAGUCUUACGUGCUUUUUGGUAAAGUUUCCGUUAAGCUGCCGGCGGUCAUCGUCUGUGCUCCUUUAUCAACUUCAGUGUUAAAUUUCUUCAGUGGCGGAAAAUGUCACUGAGGUCCUGGUGUUACUGGAAAACGUGGAAGUAUAUUUCUGGAGACUGCAUUGUUACCAAUCUUUACAUGAAUUGUCUCUGUCGCCUUGAUGGCCCUUCUCUUCACUUAAGCUAAUAUUAAAGAGUAUUCAGAGAAGGGAAACGGUACUGAGAAUAUUUCAAAGCUUGAUGUAUGGGAGCGCUUGGCUGUUUAAAAUGAAAAGAAGAGCCUUUAAAAAAAUAAUAACCUUUCAGAGCAUAUGUACAGUGACAGAAACUAGUUGUUUAAAAUGUGUUAUAGUGACUGAGGUAUGUAUGUUUUGAUGGUGAACUAGUGAAAGCUGAUUUUGAUUUUGUAAAUUUGAAUUAAAACUUGACAAUACACAGAUUGUGAGAAAAAAAAACCCACACAUGAUCGACUGUUAUUUUUGUUUGAAGGUGUAUCUGGAGUGUUUUGCGCAUGGUCAGCUGCACAUUUUGAAUGUAAUUUUCAGGCUAACUGCUGUUUGUGAAACUGCUAUGUCUAAUAAAAAAGACAAACUAAA